AUGAGUGGCUGCAGAGUCUUCAUUGGUCGGCUGAACCCAGCUGCCAGAGAAAAAGAUGUGGAGAGGUUCUUCAAGGGCUAUGGAAGAAUCAGAGACAUUGAUCUGAAAAGAGGCUUUGGGUUUGUGGAAUUUGAAGAUCCAAGAGAUGCAGAUGAUGCAGUUUAUGAACUUGAUGGCAAAGAGCUGUGCAAUGAAAGGGUUACAAUUGAGCAUGCCCGUCUGCGUUCCAGAGGAGGUGGACGAGGAGGUCUUGGUCGUGGAAGAUAUUCUGAUAGAUUUAGUAGUCGCCGUCCACGUAAUGAAAGAAGUAGUGCUCCACCAAUAAGGACUGAAAAUCGUCUUAUAGUAGAAAACUUGUCAUCAAGAGUCAGCUGGCAGGAUCUGAAGGACUUCAUGAGACAAGCUGGAGAAGUAACUUUUGCUGAUGCGCACAGACCAAAGCUCAAUGAAGGGGUUGUAGAGUUUGCAUCUUAUAGCGAUCUCAAAAAUGCCAUUGAGAAACUAUCUGGCAAGGAAAUAAAUGGAAGAAAAAUCAGACUGAUUGAAGGAAACAAAAGGCACAGCCGGUCAAGAAGCCGCUCCCGUAGCAGAAGCUCAUCUAGGUCUCGCAGCCGAUCCCGCUCCAGGAGCAGGAAGUCCUACAGCCGAUCCCGUAGCCGCAGUCGUACCCCUCGCAGCAACCGUAGUAAAUCAAGAUCUGUGAGUAGGUCCCCUGUUCAAGACAAAUCUCAGAAGGUUGCUGCAUCAAGGAGUCCAUCCAAAUCCCCUGCAUCUGCUGAUCGGCAAAGGUCUCGGUCGAGGUCCAGAUCUGUUGAUAGCAGAAACUGA